AUGAUUUAUCCAAAGUAUCAUAAAUUUGGUGAUAGGGAAUUGCGUAUAUGGAAUGCUUUAUUAAGAGCAGCUGGUAUACAUUUGAUUACUCCUUUUGAUUCUGCUGAAUCAAAGUAUCAAUUUUGA